GAGAGAAGCCGGCCAGUUGAGCUGUCGCUGGUAACCCAAGUUGACUAGCGGCCAUAGUUUUAUAUUGUUGUUGCCAUGGAUGCCUCAACUCCCAACAAGCUCAGUAUUAAAAAGGAUUAUUUUGGUGGAGGGAUAAGAGAGAGAAGAGAGAUCUCAAAUCCAAAUCCAAAUCCUCUGAAGGGCUAUGGCUAUGGAAGAAGAAGGAGUGGAAAGGGUUUAGUAUUUGUCUGUGGUUGGCGUUUUCUUUCUCAUUUCUUUUUUGGGUUUUUGUUGGUUUCUUGUUUCCUUCCCUCCUUCGUCUCUGCUUCUUCACCCACCGCCAUUUUUGGGACUGCUCCGCCGCCUAUAAAUCCCGUCCGCACGGGUGGGUUUGACCGUGGAGUUGUUAUUGUUGUUGUGAGUGUUUCUGUGUUGAUUUUGGUGUGUGUAAUGGCGAUUUUUGCGUGUUUGAGGGUGAAGGCGCGGCGGCGGAGGGCGGCGGUGGAAGGGGAGGGGGUGGAGGUGGUGGUGGCCGGAGAAGCGGAGAAAGCGGCGGCGGUGAGGAGGUUUAGUAGGGAGGAAGUGGAGAGAUUGGCGGCGAAUUUCGCGAGGUCGAGGGUAAUUGCGUAUGGAGGAUUCAGCACUGUUUAUUUGGGGAAAUUCUCCGAUUCCACGCCGGCGGCGAUGAAAAUCGUGGACGGGAGCAGCGAGCGCCUCCAGAGAAUAUUCCGUCAGGAGCUGGAGAUUCUCCUGAAGAUUCGCCACGACAACAUCGUCAAGAUCCUCGGAUUCUCCGAGGACUCCGAAAACGGCGCUCUAGUCCUAGAAUACAUCUCCAACGGCACUCUCCACGAUAAACUCCACAAUUCCAAAACCUCCCAUCAUCUCCCAUGGAAAAACCGAAUCACAAUCGCCUUCCAGCUCGCGCAAGCCCUAGACUACCUCCACGACCACUGCGAUCUCCAAAUCGUCCAUGGCGACCUAAAAGCCUCAAACAUCCUCCUAGAUUCCCGCCUAAACUGCAAGCUCUGCGAUUUCGGGUCAGCAAAAAUGGGGUUUUCCUCGACCGUUCUCCCGCCCUCAUCCCGAGGCCGCAUGGUCCAAAUGAUUGGGUCCCCGGGCUAUGCCGACCCGCACUUUUUGCGGACCGGGAUCGCCUCAAAAAAGAACGACAUCUACAGCUUCGGGGUCAUUCUGCUCGAGCUAAUCACGGGGCUCGAAGCCCUCUCCUCGGAUAAUAAUGUCAGGCUGAUAUCGAAAGUUGGCCCGGUUUUGAAAGAUGUGUCCAAGGUUGUCGGAAUGGUGGACCGGCGUCUCGCCGGGGAAUAUGAGGUGGAAGAAGCUAUGGCUAUGGCUUCCUUGGCGGGUUUGUGUCUUAGUGAUCCUCCCAGCUUGAGGCCAUCUGCUUCGGACAUCAUAGAAACCAUGAAGAAUUGUGUUUCUUCGGUUGCUUUUCCGUCUUCGACGGAUAAAAUGUUGUGAGUGAGAAUGUAAUUUAGGAUGUUUGUGGUAAAAACUUGUGCUGAGUUUGAGUAGUCUCACUGUAGAUUAAUGUAUAGUGAAAGGCACAUACAGUUUUACCAUACACAAAUUUCUACCUCAUCAAAGACGUAUUGUACUUAACCUUGUUUUUUUUCCUGGAAAUGGACUUGUAUUGUUGAUUAUGCUUGUCAAGUUUAA